UAAUAGCUUCCUCCAGUCAAACAAGUCUGUUAUUUAAAAAAGGCAAGGAAUUUUUUUUUAAUAUUGUCCUAACAUUCAGUAGCUCUUGUGCUUUUUCCUUUUUCUGACUUUUUUUUUUUUUAAAGAAUGGAGAAAACAGGCAUUAGUCACACCAACAAAUAAUUUUUCAACGUGUGUGUUUGUUGUAAUGGGCAGUAAUAACUCCAGACAAACCGCGCUCAGCAGAGAGCAGCAAAAGGCUAACAGCUUGAGCACAGGUCUAAGCGACUCCAAGCCAAUUAAUGAACUGCGUAGCCUCUCUGCUGAAAUCAGACAGCCCACAAGCAGGGCUUCACGAGUUUGCAGCAGUAAUGAGACUACUGAGGCUUUUUUCUGUAAGUUUGUUGUUCUGCGUGGUGACAAUGAUGCAGGUGAAUCCAUCUGGAUCCAGAAUCUGCUGCAGAAUAAAUUUUGUGUUAAAACUGGAAUAAUCUUUGCAGAGGUAUGUUGUAGUGAACAUGUCUUGGAAAACUUAAGUGAUGCUGUGUUUGUCUCAGCAUGGAGACAAAAUUUUCUGAAUGGAUCUUGGUGUGUGUUUCAGUCUUGUACCGUCUUUGUCAGUGCUCUUAACAGCAUAAAUUGCAACUUUGUGAUACCUGUGAGGCCACUGAAUAAACCACCUACCCAGGAAAACGCUAUUUGUUUUGCUUUGCAGGCUGUUAACACACUGUAAGAGGAUAGUUCUGGCUUUGCAAAACAAGUGGAGAAAAAUUUCAUGGAAUCUACAUACAGGCAACAGUGAAAGGUACAGAGGGAGGAAAGGAAGAAACAGAAACUAGAGCACAUCAUAGUGAAAAAUGGUGAACACGGACCAUGUUUAGAAUAAAGCAGAAGUUAUAUUCCUUGCUCUUGUUUUAUAAAGGAAGGGAAACUCUUCUUUUGACAAAACUAAUUGUAAAGUUAUCCACCAAGACGUGUCAAUUAAGUACUGCAGAAUGCACGCUGUGUAUGAAGGCAUGCCUGGCACUACAGCUACUUUGAAGUACAAAAUGCCGCAGGCCCCAAACCCUAGAUAUGUUUGGCUUUAUGUUGUGAGCUCUGCCAGAUAUGUGCUGUUUUCCGUGAACAACGUACAGCUCUUCACAUCUUGUAGCUGGUACUGGGAAAUAUUAAUAAAAGAGGAAUAGUAUUCAUCACAAUGAAACCAAUACAUCACAAAAGGCACUCUAUGAAAUACGCUAUUACUUUGCGAAAUG